AUGCAGUUUUCUACAAUCAUCGUAUUAGUCUGCCUUGUCGCAACCGUUGUAGCGAGUAUUCAUUACGAACGGCCAGUGGAAGAUGUAGCCAGUUUUAGUAACGACCUUUCUGCAUACGAAUCAGUAUAUGACGCACCGCAGCAGGAAAGGAGCCCAAGGACGAAGAGAGGACUUCUGCUGUUAAAGAAAAAGUUACUUCUAGGUUUAUUGGGACUGAAAGCGGCGAAAGUGGGUGCGGUGGGACUCGCCGGCGCUGUCGCCCUUAAGGGCAAAUCGUCAGUACCACGUGAAACUAUUCAUAUCUACUAUCACUAA